CUUUCAUAAGGUAACAUUUUGAAGAUUUAUCUCAUUUACUAGCUAUGAGGAAUGCAAUCUUGCAAUCAGUGUUGAAAAUGAAAUACUCGCAGUACCAAGCGACAACUAACGGAAUAUAGAGUUUACUACACGAAAAUGUUAUUUUAACAAUCAAUAAAUAAAUUAAAUCAAUUAAGUGUCAACUAAGAAAACUAGAACAAGUAUCAAGAUCUAUUUGGUUUAUGAGAAGAAAAUAUAAUCUACAAGAUGUUCCGAUAUAAGCUAGUUGCGGUCGCCGCUGUGACACUAUGGCUAUCUUUAUCGUACGCUACGGCUCUCGAAGAUUUCAAUGUGACUGAUGGGGAUGAUGAUUAUUUAACUGUGUUUAACUAUAAUGGCGAAGAGGUGUAUAUAACAAAGGAACUCAUGAAGAGAUUGACCCGUGAGUCCGAGACAUGGCACUGGAGGCCCUGGUUGAGGACGAAGACUGAGGUAGUCGGAAAUAUUAUGCAAGAAGUGGAACGCUCUAGUGAAGACUCGGUUAAUAGUUUCCCUGUUAGUAUAUUCGAUGACGAAGAACUUCGAAGCGGUGCAUUCAUACUAUACGUAAUGUUUGGGAUCUACGCCUUUACACUUUUAGCAAUAGUGUGCAACGAUUACUUCAUACCCUGCGUCGAAAUGAUUUGCGAGGAUUUGAAGAUACCGCAGAACGUAGCGGCUGCUACGUUCAUGUCAGUAGCAACGUCAUGUCCCGAGUUCUUCGUGAACGUGAUCUCGACUUUCCUGACGAAGUCCGAUAUGGGUAUAGGCACCAUAGUUGGUUCCGCUAUAUUCAACUUACUAGGCGUCGCAGCUGUUGGUAGCUUAGCGGCGGUAGCGCCUAUCGCGAUAGAGCGCCGCCCCGUGACGAGAGAUGUCCUUAUCUACAUGAUCAAUGUUGGCGUGUUGGUAGCCAUAGUGUGGGACGGGCAAGUGGUGUGGUACGAGGCAACUGUACUGGGCAUUCUAUACAUUACUUAUUUCCUCUUCAUGUUCACUAGUCCGAAGCUGUUCAUUUUGUUCGAUAUCGUCACGGCGUCUUACUGUAAAAACAAGGAACAUUCAGAAUACGUAGUGUCAAUAGACGGGAAACCCGUCGAGGAAGGCGUUGAUAACAAGGGAUUCGACAAUAGUGAUACUCAGACAAAUAAUGGGACGAACAACGAAAAGAUAUCAGUGGAGAAGGUGGAAGUUGAUGAGAAACCAAAGAAGAGUAUAUUCAAAUUCCCGAAGGAGAAGUCAAUAAUCUUUAAGAUCUGGUGGCUGUACACUUUUCCUCUCAAACUUGUAUUGGGACUCACAAUUCCGUCACCGAUAACCUGCAAGAGAUUCUAUCCAUUAGCUUUCCUUAUGUGCAUCAUAUGGAUAGGUGUCAACUCUUACUUCGUGUCUUGGAGCAUGACUGUUUUAGGUCAUACAUUCUACAUACCUGAGUCAGUCAUGGGGAUGACGUUCCUUGCAUUUGGCGGGUGUCUUCCUGAGGCUUGUUCUAUUUUCAUCAUGUCCAGGAGAGGUGAGGGCGGUAUUGGCGUGUCAAAUGCGCUGGGGGCUAAUUCAUUAGCGAUAUUGUUCGCACUCGGCUUGCCAUGGCUUAUCAAAACGCUCACUUUAUUGGCUCAGGGAGCCGACACGGCUGUCACCAUCAACUCAGCGGGCAUUGACUUCGUGGUUGGCUCUUUACUAGUGGCCGCUUUACUGUUGUGGAUCUGUUUGUUUAUAGCAAAAUUCAAGCUCAGGAGAAGCCUUGGCUUUGCACUUAUUUGUCUGUAUGUGGUAUUUAUUACCUUCGCGAUCCUUGUUGAAAUGGGUAUCAUACUAAAUAGAGAAAUCGCGUUUUAAAUUGAUCGUAUAUUUAAGCGAAAUCUUUAAGUGUGUUUAGCUUGAAUUUUCGCUCGAGUUUUAACUUUGCGUACUCUUCGCGCUAACGACUUUUGUCGUUGACCUCUACCUACCUACCCUCGAGUACACUAUAAAAAUAACUUGUUAAGAAUUCUGUGAUGAAUGUUAUGUAUUGUAUUUUUGCAAUAAUUGUUAAUAAUAUUGUAUAGUUGUAACUAUUAUACGUCUUUGUAAUGUUUUUUUUUGUUUAUUCAUACGUGUGAAAGAAUAGAAAACGGUCAAUAGUUAAUAUUCAAAUAAAUCGAUAUUAUUUAAUUUUUUGCGCAGUCAUAUAAGUAGUCAUGAAAGUAGCAGAUCUGAUUAAAGAUACGAUGAUGGCAAUGUGCGAACUGUAUUAAAUAAUAUUUCACUGUAUAUUUCAAAUCCUUAUCGUAAAAUUUGUACAUGUUUUUCAACAUAGAUUCGUCUACAUAAGCACACGUGGCCGUCACGCCCGUUAUUGACCAUCCAGCGUUCGCAUUUAAGCCGACAUUAUGAUAACGUUGCUUUGUGGUUAACGUUCACGUUAAAUAAAGUUAUAAACACGGAUUUACUUAUUAAAAUUUUGUUAAAUUGGGCGUUCAAAAUUCACUUAAAAAGAUUGUAUACUUGCUUGUCUUGCACGCCCUUUAUACUGGACUUAGGCUUACAGUGAGCUUACUUGUAGUAACAAUAAUGACGUCAUCAACGUAACAUUAAUGUGAAUGCGUGAAUGUGAUAUAAGCCUCUAACAAUUUCAUAUUGAAUGGAUAAAAUUUAUUUUUUCGGAUUUAUAAUGGACAAGAUUUUUUUUGUUUGUUGAUAGAUGAGCCGUGUCAUGACUGAAAUGAUAUGUAGUUAAAAUAUAUUUUUUAAGUUUUUUUGGCGAUAAGCAUACAAUAGCGACGUAGAAUUGAUUGCAACGUUUCUUUACGUAACGUAUAUUCCAAUUCUGAUGAAUCUGUUUGUUGAUGUAAUGAUACAAGCUCUGAGGGAUUGUUUCAAGUUUAUAGGUUAAUGUUAUUUAAUCGAGUGUAUUUUUCAGGAAAUAGCAUUUUUCAGUGACUACGAUAUUAUUGCAUAUAGUAUUAUUACCCAUAUUUAAAUUAUUUUCUUAUCAAAAAAGAAACUGAUAAA